GAUCGCAGUACAAAUUUUUCUCUCCGCCCGUCGACCUUCUCUUUUAGUUGAAUUUUGAAUUUGGCACGAUGAGAUGCCUCGACAGGCCUGUCCUGCGAAUCAUCAAAGUUAACAAAUUCAAAGUUUCGUCUGAGGCGAACUUUGCGACCUCCGGCCAAUCUCGCCAAGAUAUCAAAUGUGAUCUCCUCGUUGUCGGAGGCGGCGCAGGUGGUUGUUCGAUGGCCGCAAAAUUCGCUUCCAAACUUGGCAAGAACAAAGUUGUGAUCGUCGAGCCAAAAGAUGUUCAUUACUACCAGCCCAUGUGGACGUUGGUCGGCGGCGGAAUGAAAACUCUGGCCGACAGUGGCCGUGCCAUGGCCUCGGUCCUUCCCUCGGACGCACACUGGGUCAAGGACCAAGUCGCGGAAUUCAGUCCAAAGACCAACUCGGUCAGGACCAAAGGCGGAGACUCGAUUCAGUACAAUUUCAUGCUGGUCGCCGUCGGACUCAAGUUGGACUUCCACAAAAUCAAGGGCUUGGAGGAUGCUUUGGCCAAAGAUCCAAGAGUGUGUUCCAACUACUCACCUUUGUAUGUGGACAAGACCUUCAAGGCCUUGCAGAACUUCCAAGGCGGACCCGCCUUGUUCACUUUUCCCAACACUCCGAUCAAAUGUGCAGGAGCACCUCAGAAGGUUAUGUAUAUUUUCGAAGAGUAUCUUAGAAAGCAUGGAAAGCGGGACGCAGCAGAUAUAAAGUAUUAUACUUCUUUGGGAGUAAUUUUUGGUGUCAAGAAAUACGCUGCGGUUUUGCUGGAGCUGUGCAAGAAAAGAGGCAUCGAAGUUACUUUCCGACACAAUCUAAUCGAAGUCAAUUCCUCGGCUAGUGAGGCAACUUUUGAAAACUUGGACAAGCCUGGAGGGACUCUCACUCAAAAAUACUCAUUUCUGCAUGCGACUCCUGCGAUGAGCACUCCGGAAGUGCUUUCGAAGUGUGCUGACCUGGUUGACAAAGCUGGUUACUUGGAAGUGAGCAAGACCAACUUGCAGCAUGUCAGGUUUCCCAACAUUUUCGGAAUCGGAGACUGCACAAACGCUCCCACCUCAAAAACUGCGGCUGCCGUUGCUGGCCAGUGUGGUGUGGUCAAGAAGCACUUGGCCGCAGUGAUGGCAGGGAAGCCUCUGCCUUCGGUGGCCUACGACGGCUACACGUCCUGUCCGCUGGUGACUGGAUACAGUUCGUGCAUCUUGGCCGAAUUCGAUUACGAUGGCCAGCCCCUGGAAACGCUCCCUUUCGACCAAGGCAAAGAGAGGUGGUCCACUUUCUUCAUGAAGAAAACAAUCAUGCCGCAGUUGUAUUGGCACGCCAUGCUCAACGGAUACUGGGAAGGACCAAAGCUUUUCCGCAAAGCAUUCCACCUCGGAAUGGGAAAAUAAUCUGAAAGACUAAGAUUUGAACCAAUAGCCAUUCUCCAAGGAAAAAUCUAUAUUUAAUCUCAAAUGGUAGAGGAUAUAUAUUUUUAUUCUUCUUAUAUAAUUUUAAUUAAAAAUCACGCUGUGAGCAGCUGUGAGUUUUGUGAACACGCAAGCCAAGUAAUAUUGUGAUUGAAUUGGAAACAAAAAUUUAUAUUUUUAAAACUUCUAUUAUUGUCUAGUUUUAAAUUUUUAUUAAAAUUAUCACUUUUCAAUUAUAUAUUUUUUUCUUUUGUUAAAACAACCAAAAUCAAGACCACCGAGUAUAAUAAAGAAAAUAAAUAAAAAAUUAUAAA